GUUUGUAGACCUUCACAAAAUCGCAAACGAUCUUCUGCCUCUUGAAUUCUGAUCAAGUUUUCUAUCUAGCGAAUUUUGUUGUCCUUGGCUUGCGGUUUCUUGCAAGGUCUAGGGAUUUUUCUGGUUUCGUUCUUCUCCGCUGAUUCAUUUAAUCGAAUUUCAUCGGAGAAGGUACGAAGGAAAAGGAUUUCUUGUUGUUAAACUGUUUCCCGAUCUUUUACAUUUCGUAUUUAUUGCGAAUGAUUUAAUGGAGUCAAAAGGUGGGAAGAAGAAGUCUAGUAGUAGUAGUAGUAAAUCCCUUUUCUACGAAGCUCCCCUCGGAUACAGCAUUGAAGACGUUCGACCACACGGUGGAAUCAAGAAAUUCAGAUCUGCUGCUUACUCCAACUGCGUUCGAAAGCCAUCCUGAGUUUUGCUGAUUUCUGUUAACCUGCGCCCCGAGAUCAUUACUUUCUUUAUAAAUUUUAGUUUGUCUUUUUUCUUCAGUACUCUCUGCUUCUCUCGUUCUCUCGUUCAUUCUCCCAACACCAUUAGCUUCCUUUUAAGUAAAGAUGACGUUUCCAACCUCUGCCAUUGGAUUUGAAGGCUACGAAAAGCGGCUCGAAGUAUCAUUCUUUGAGCCCAGCAUUUUUGCUGACCCUAGGGGUAUGGGUCUUCGUGCACUUUCAAGGGCACAAUUGGAUGAAAUCCUGACAUUAGCCGAGUGCACCAUUGUCGACUCGUUGUCGAAUGACCAUCUUGAUUCGUAUGUCCUUUCGGAGUCUAGCCUCUUUGUGUACCCAUACAAGUUCAUCAUCAAAACUUGCGGCACUACUAAGCUGCUUCUCUCAAUUCCAGCUCUGCUGAAGUUGGCUGAUUCUCUGUCUCUUACUGUAAAAUCUGUGAGGUACACUCGUGGCAGCUUUAUCUUUCCUGGUGCCCAGUCUUUUCCCCAUCGCAACUUCUCUGAGGAAGUUGCUGUCCUUGAUGGGUAUUUGGCUAAGCUUGGCCUGAACAGCUCUGCAUAUGUUAUGGGAUGUCCUGAUGAAACUAAGAAAUGGCACGUUUACUCUGCUUGUGCCACCAACAUGGGGAGUCAAAGCAACAACCCUGUUUAUACCCUUGAAAUGUGCAUGACUGGCUUAGACAAGGAGAAGGCGUCUGUCUUCUUCAAAACAGACGCGAGUUCUGCUGCUUUGAUGACUGAAAACUCUGGUAUCAGGAAAAUUCUCCCAAAAUCUGAAAUAUGCGACUUCGAGUUCGACCCAUGUGGCUAUUCUAUGAAUGCCAUUGAAGGAGAUGCAGAGUCCACCAUCCAUGUCACUCCGGAGGAUGGGUUUAGCUAUGCGAGCUUCGAAGCAGCUGGAUACGACUUCGACGACAUGUAUCUGUCUAAACUGAUUGUGAGGGUUCUGGAAUGUUUCCAGCCAUCUGAUUUCUCUGUUGCCCUCCAUUCGGAUGUUGUCGAUGAGGAUCUCAGGGACUUGCUCUGCCUAGAAUUGAAGGGAUACGAAGGAGGAGAGAAGAGCUGUGAAAUGCUCGGCGAAAAUGGAAGCGUCAUCUACCAAAGCUUUAUGAAGACCGAUGGGGAUUAUACGUCGUCUCCAAGGUCGAUCCUGCUGAAAGGUUGGAGCAGCGAGGAGGACGAGGAAGAAGUUGGGGAGUAUUAGAAGUUUCAUCAACUUUUGCUGGCGUUUUUAUAU